GCUCUUCUUCUUCCCGGUGCAGCCACCCAAAGAAAAAAAAAAGAAAGGGGAACCCGGCACCAGCCUUUGAGAAACCGGUGAGAUGAGCUUGAUUUCUCCUUCUUUUCUUGCUCUACAACACAUGUAGAACCCAGAAAUUUCCCCCACCCCUCUGCAGAAUCCUGAUCUGCUCUGCUUUGCUCUGUCCUUCCGCCGGCUGCUCCUGCUUUGUGGGGGUGAUUUGCUCCGGUUUUGGCCCCGUGAGUCCCCUGCACUUGCCGCCGGCCUCCUCCCCAAUCUGCACUCCGGUUUUGCUUGCUGGAUUUAUGGUUUCCGAUCGUUUUGUCAGUUAGCACUAAAAUUGAGUGCUUGGUUUUAUGCGAGUGAGGUAAGUAAAUUUAUGGUAAUGCCCGUACUGUUUUUAAAAGCAUGUUUUGAUUUGUUUUUGAAGUGGUGGCGGGACUAAACCCGUUUUACAUAAGUAUGAUCGAUUUGAAGUGAGAUUUCUAUGCUUUUCAUUAAAUUGAGCAUGCCUACUUGAAAUUUAAUUGAUUGUCCUGAUGAUUUGAAAGUAAUUGUGACCUUGCUAGUGGGGGAGUUUAUAAACGCUAGCACAUGUCGGCACAUGUUGAUAUGUUAUUGUAACUCGGCUAGUGGGGGUUAAACGCUAGCACAUGUCGGCACAUGUCGAUAUGUUAGUGAUAGAACUGGUUCGUACAAGUGACCCUGCUAGUGGGGAUUAUACACUAGUAAAUCGUGUGCCUGUCAAUGGGAGGUUUAUAACACUGGCCGUGACCUAUAGAGGAGACGUCUAUUUCGUUCUCGUAUUGUAUCCGUUUUUCGUGAUUGCACUUGUUGGCAUGCUAUAAGUUUAAUAAGGGGCACUCCAUAUUUACUUACUGAGUUUAUCUCAUAGUUUUUCCUUGUCCACCAUUUCAGGAAGCGAAACCGAGGACGGGGAAACCACGGGAAAUGACGAGUUAGAAGGCUAGUCAUUGUAAUUGGAUAUGAAAUUUUAGAGAUAAAUAAUGACCUUGUAAACUAGACGUUAAUUGGAGA